AUGUUAUUCCAUACCUUUGAGCGAAAAAACAUAGUUUCAAUUGUAGGAUUGCCAGGUGUUGGCAAGACUACUUUGGCUAAAAGAGUGUAUGGCUUCCAGAAGGCAGCUAAAUGUUAUGUUCGAGCUUGGGUUACUGUGCCUCAAGAGUACAAGGGAAACACUCUUUCUCAACUAACAGAGAAAUUACACAAGCACUUCGGAAGUAGUCAUCAGAAGAUGUUUUUUCUUGUUUUGGAUAAUAUCCCAAACACCCGAGCUUUGGAUGAUAUCCUAAAAUGUCUUCCUAAUGAUUCACUACAAAUCCGUAUAUUGCUGACCACUCAGUUCAAUACGGUUGGAAGCGAUGCUGCCACAUUUGGUAAUGUGCAUAAAAUGUGCAUAUUAGAUCCAAAGAGAAGUUGGGAUCUAUUUUGCAAGAAACUCUCUCCCAAAGAGCUUAGAGCACCAAAAUUUGUAGAAAUCGCCCAACAUGUUGUGAAGGAAUGCGAAGGGUUGCCACGGUCAAUUGUUGCAGUUGCAGAGCGUUUGUCUAAAUGCGGUUACAUUUUAAAGGAAUGGAAGAAGAUUGAAAAGGAAGUCGAGACAUUGGGACCUCUAUACAAUGAUGCCGAGCACUUACGUAAGCUUACUCUAUCAUACAAUCAAUUGCCACAGCAUUUGAAAGUUUGUUUUUUAUAUUUUGCAAUCUAUCCAAAAGGCUUUAAAAUCAAUGUGAAAAGGCUUAUUAGGAUAUGGAUUGCUGAGGGAUUUGUGAGGCAAAUGGAGUGUAAGGGAUUUGGGAGGGAAUUGGUGAAGGAGUUAGAAGAGGAAGGUUACUGCUAUUUAGAUGGUCUUGUUAAUAGUGGUCUAGUCUCAAUCAGCAAAUGGGAACAUAAGAUGACUAAUGUUUGCUGGAUACAUAGCUCCUUAUGGGACUUUUGUACAAGAGAAACUAAAAAAGAGGGUCUCCUAUGUGCAAUGUAUACUCAAAAAGAUUUCGGAUUGCCAUUAGACAUGUUUGUAAAUUCAUGUCGUUGGUUAAGUUUAUACUCGCAUAGGUUGGAUUAUUACACGCUCUUUACUACAAAUAACCCUCGCUCUCUUUUCUUCUUUCAAGGAGAUUAUGUAAAGUCGGUAUCUUUCAAGCUAUUAAGAAUUGUGGAUUUGAGUGCACUUCAAAUCUUCAAAAUAGUGCCAUUGUAUUUAAGAGAUUUAGUUUUUCUGAGAUACCUAUCUAUACCGCCGUGGUUUGAGGGUUUAGAUGAUGUAGUGUCAAACAAUCAGAAUUUGCAGACAGUUAUUGUUUGUGGUGGUGAACCACAACUUAGAACUGGUCAUUUCCAUUUGUCAUUCAGAAUUUGGGAGUUACCACAUUUAAGGCAUCUUGAACUUGGCAAUUACUAUGAGGAGAGGUGUAUAGGAAGUUCCCAAAGCCCUGGAUCUUGCAGAAACCCCACCAUCUAUUUGGAUUAUAUUAGGUGUUUGUCGAAGCUCGAGACACUUACGGUUAUAGUCCCAGCAAACAGUAUGACUCGUUUAGAGCAACCACUAUUUUCUACAGGGCUGAAGAAGUUGAGGUUGAGCGGGACUAAUCUCCCGAUAAUGAAGCUUCCAUGGGUAUUGAGAGCUUUAAAGGUUCUCAAACUAGAAAACGCCUUCUCCGGCCAAGUGUGGGGAUCAUUUGAACAAUUUUCUAACUUAAAAGUGUUGCUCAUUGAGGCUACAAAUCUCCAGAAAUGGGAGGUCAGGUGUAGUGCCGACUUCCCAAAACUAAAGUGUCUAAUCCUAAGACGUUGUUAUUGUUUGGAAGAGAUCCCAUUUGAAGUUAGUUUUAUAGACACCCUAGAGACAAUUAAGGUGGAGCAGUGUCCCCCUUGUGUUGUCACUUCUGCCAUGAAGAUUCAGGAGAAGCGGAAGUGGUUUCAGAAAGAGGCAAACAACCCUUGGGAGGCGUACAAUAUCAGGCGUGCUCGCCUAAUUCGAAUUGAUGCGGCCCUUACGCCACUUACUGUUGUUGUCUACGACGUGAUUCAUGAUUUUAGCUAG